AUGGCUGGGCUCGUGGAGAAGCUGGUAAACCUCGUUGGGCGCGCGUUCUACUCGGAUGAGCAUGUCGUCGUACUCAGCGCCUUGAUCCGCGAAAAAUUCAUGAAGGACGAUGAGAUGGGGAACGCCGUGAACCUACAGACGCGUCAAGUGCGCAAGAUCAUGAACGAGCUGCACCAGGACAACCUCGUCUGCGAGGAGGUGUUGAACGACAAGCGGCUGGGCGGCAGCUCGUCCACGUCGUACUGGUACAUUGACUACAAAUACUUUGUGGACGUGGUACAGUAUCGCUUGUACUUGAUGCACGAGCAUCUCAAAGACAGUGAGCAGUUGGAGAUCGAGCGACAAACAUUCCAAUGCAGUGAUCCUGAGUGUGGACGAGAGUAUACAGCGCUAGAGGCGCAGCUCCUGCUGAUGCCUGGACAGUAUCAGUUCCGAUGUGGACACUGCAAUGAAUUACUACUGGAAUGUGACAAUAACGAUCGACUUCUGCGGAUUCAGAACCUGCAACGCAAGUUUAAGGACCAGAUGAACAAGCAGAACGGCAUGCACGAAGGUAUUUAUGAGGUUUUACGUCGUAUCGGCGACUUUGUAAAGGAAGGACACACGCUCCCGAGUAAUCUUCCCAGCGACAACCGCGCUGCUGGCCUAGGAGGCACAAGCGCUCGUGCUAAUGCCUCGAAUGGAGGAGGUGGCCGAGGAGGAGGCGGAGGAGGCGGCGGCGGUGGCAGCCGUGGAGACGAUCAGAACAGCCAGUCGUACUUGUAUCCAUAUGGGGCACAGGAUCAAGAGAUUAUCGUCGAUAUUGCAGGAAACGACCAUGCAGAGGACGAGUAUUUAACGAGCAGGGAGCGGAAGGAGGACAAGGAGGCGGCGAAUCAACAGGUUGCAGCUCCGCGAGCACUACCAGAGUUCUUGCAGGGCAGUUCUAUCAGUGGACAUAUGGCGGCGAAGCACUUGCAACCUGCUGUGGCGGAUGAGAAGCCGAUUGCUAUGGAAACAAGCCUGCAGGGUGUGGAUCCGCUCACGCAGAGUGAGAUGACUGAAGAACAGAGACAAGAAGCGUUCAAGCGCGCGUAUAUGGCCGAACUGGAGAGAUACAACGAAGAGAACCACGAAGGAGAAGUGCAGGUGCAGGUAGACAAACAGGGCUGGGACGCCGAGAUGAAUGGCGACGCGAUGGACGAAGAAGAGCUCGAGGACGUCGAGUGGGAGUGGUGCACAGACGACGAAGGCGGCGUCAAUGACACGGAGGUCACGGUUAAUGGCCAGCCCAAGCGAUUGGACGGAGUGGACGAUGAGGAUCUGCUCAAUAUGACGGAAGAAGAGUUCUUGAGCUGCUACCGAAUGUGUCUUGCUGAGAACGGCGCGUCUCAAUAA